AGGAGCCCGGCUCGGCGGCGGAGCUCCGGGCUGCAGCGGCCGCUGGUGCUGUGCGGCUCCGCGCCCCGCUCCGCCGCGCCCCGCGCUCGCUAUGCCGCGGUGGCCGGUGCCGGCGUGAGAGACGAGCGGCGGGAUCCCGGCGGCCAUGCGGGGCCUGGCGGGCUGGGCCGUGCUCGUGGCCCUGGGCGAGUGGCUGUGGGCGGGCGGCGUGGUGCCUCUGGCGGACUUCUACCCCUUCGGGCCCACGCAGGGCGACGCCGCCACGCGGAAACAGGACGACGGCGGCUCCGAGCUGCGGCCCCUCUCUGUCCCCUUCCCCUUCUUCGGCGCGGGGCACACCGGCCUCUACGUGAACAACAAUGGGAUCAUCUCAUUCCUGAAGGAGGUCUCUCAGUUCACACCGGUGGCCUUCCCCAUCUCAAAGGACCGGCGUGUGGUGGCUGCUUUCUGGGCAGAUGUGGAUAACCGGCGGGCUGGUGAUGUGUAUUACCGGGAGAGCACCGAGCAGCCCAUCUUGGAGAGAGCAAGCAGGGAUAUCGUGCAGUAUUUCCCUGAGUUCCCAGAGUUUUCCGCGCAGUGGGUCUUCAUUGCUACCUGGUACCGCGUCACCUUCUUCGGGGGCAGUUCGUUUUCGCCAGUAAACACUUUCCAGAUCGUCCUCAUCACGGACGGCAAGCUCUCCUUCACCAUAUUCAACUAUGAGUCUAUCACCUGGACCACGGGUAUGCACGCCAGCAGUGGGGGGGACUUUGCCGGGCUUGGCGGCAUUGCGGCGCAGGCAGGUUUUAACGCUGGUGAUGGAAAGCGCUACUUCAACAUCCCCGGAUCCCGCACCGAUGACAUCGCUGACGUGGAGAUGACGACAAAUGUGGGUAUCCCCGGGCGCUGGGUGUUCAGAAUCGAUGAUGCCCAGGUGCAAGUGGGGGGCUGCAGCAAUACAACCUCUGUCUGCCUGAUGUUGCGGCCCUGCCUGAACGGGGGAAAGUGUAUCGAGGACUGCAUCACGGGGAACCCCUCCUACACCUGCUCCUGCCUGGCUGGCUUUACAGGGAAGAGGUGCCAUGUUGAUGUGGAUGAGUGUCUCUCCCACCCGUGUCAGAACGGAGCCACCUGCCUCAAUGGUGCCGGCAGCUUCAGCUGCAGGUGCCCACCGGACUUCAGAGGCACCAGCUGCGAGACCGAAAAGUCACCGUGUGAGAGCAGGGUGUGCCAGAAUGGUGGGAGGUGCCAGGCAUUGAACAGGACUGCGACAUGCUUGUGCCAGCCAGGAUACACAGGGGCGGACUGUCAGACAGAGGUGAACGAGUGCGAGUCCAGCCCAUGCCUGAAUGGCGGGCACUGUGUCGAUCUGGUCGAUAACUACACCUGUGUGUGCCUGGAGCCCUUCGUGGGACAGCGCUGUGAGACAGAUUCGUCUUCCUGCGAGGACCGGAGCUGCCGGAACCGGCAGACGUGCAACUACAUCCGCCCCGGCCGCUACAUCUGCACGUGCUCCCCAGGUUAUUACGGCAACAACUGCCAGUAUGGUGGGCCCCGCGUGCCCGGUGCCUGCCUCUCCCACCCAUGCCAGAACAACGGCAGCUGCCUGGAGACGGAGCAGGGAUACAUCUGCGAAUGCCAGGAGGGCUACACUGGGCAGGACUGUCGAGACAAGCUCUCAGAGGGCUGUGAGUGUCGCAACGGGGGCAGUUGUCUGGAGGGGAACGUCACCAUCUGCCAGUGCCCGCCUGGGUUUUUUGGUCUCCUCUGUGAAUUCGAAGUUACCACCACACCGUGCAACAUGAACACGCAGUGCCCAGAUGGCGGGUACUGCAUGGAGUAUGGCGGGAGCUACCUCUGCGUCUGCCACACUGACUAUGGCACCAACCACACGAUGCCAUCCCCCUGUGAUUCUGAGCCCUGCCUGAACGGGGGGUCCUGCGAGGUUCAUGACGACUCGUACACCUGCGAGUGUCCUCGAGGCUUCCUUGGCAAGCACUGCGAGAAAGCCAAGCCACGGCUCUGCAGCACGGGGCCCUGUCGCAACGGGGGCACCUGCAGGGAGGCGGAUGGCGAGUACCACUGCACCUGCCCUUACCGUUUCACCGGCAAGCACUGCGAGAUCGGUAAGCCGGACCCCUGUGCCUCGGGGCCCUGCCAGAAUGGGGGCACCUGCUUCCACUACAUUGGCAAGUACAAGUGUGACUGUCCCCCGGGCUACGCUGGCCGGCACUGCGAGAUCGUGCCCUCCCCAUGCUUCCUCAGCCCCUGUGAGAACGGUGCUACCUGUGAGGACCUUGAUGGGGGCUACACUUGCACGUGCCCCGUGGGCUAUGUAGGGAAGCACUGCCAGUCUGAGGUCGACUGUGGCAUCCCCAGUGAGGUGAAGCACGCCCAGGCCUCGUUCAACUCCACCAAGGUGGGCUCGCUGGUUGAAUACCAGUGUGAGCUGGGCUACACCCUCAGUCAGCACAACCACCCCCGUGUCUGCCGCUUGCCAGGCGUCUGGAGUGAUCCCCCCGAAUGUGAUGAGAUUGAUGAGUGCCGGUCCCAGCCCUGUCUGAACGGCGGCCAGUGCAAGGAUCGCGUUGCCGAGUUCCUGUGCCUGUGUGAGGCAGGUUACACCGGCCACCACUGCGAGUCGGAUGUUGAUGAGUGCCGGUCAGAGCCCUGUAAGAAUGGCGGGACCUGCCAGGACCUCCCUGCGUCCUUUGCUUGCUACUGUCCCGAGGGCUUUGUGGGGACCCAGUGCGAAACAGAAGUGGAUGCCUGUGAGUCAGGCCCUUGCCAAAACGGAGGGGAAUGCGAGAGCUACGGGGGCUCCUACCUCUGCGUGUGCCCAGAGGGUUUCUUCGGCUACCACUGUGAGACAGCCAGUGACCCGUGCUUCUCCAGCCCCUGCGGGAGCAGAGGCUACUGCCUGCCUGGCAAUGGCACCCACAGCUGCACCUGCAAAGUCAGCUACACAGGCAAGAGCUGCGAAAAAGAAUUGCUGCCACCAACUUCAUUAAAGGUGGAAAGGGUGGAGGACACUGGUGUGUUGAUUUCUUGGCACCCACCUGAGGACGCAGCCGCCAGGCAACACAUUGACGGCUACGCCGUGACGUACGUAUCCCUCGACGGCUCUUACCGCAGGACAGAUUUUGUGGACCGAAGUCGUUCUGCCCACCAAUUGCGGGCACUAGCCUCCGGCAGAGCCUACAAUAUUUCUGUCUUUUCAGUCAAACGCAACGUGAACAACAAGAAUGAUAUCAGCAGGCCUGUCAUGCUCACCACGCGCACUAGACCGCGUCCGGUGGAAGGCUUUGAGAUCAUGAACGUGACGGCCAGCGCCAUCACGGUGCAAUGGGCUCUCCACCGGCUCAAGCACUCCACCGUCAGUAGGGUGCGUGUCUCCAUCCGCCAGCCAGGGGACCUGGCAGACCGCACCGUGGAGCUGAACAGCAGCGUGGCCAAAUACACCUUCCUGGACCUGCAGCCAGGAGAGAGGUACAUCAUCCAUGUCACGACACUGAGCGGCCUGGGGACGGAAGACCACCCCUCAGAGAGUCUGGCCACAGCCCCCUUCCACGUGUGGACAAGGCCCCUCUCUCCCCAAAACCUCACUGCCUCCCGUGUCACCGCCACCUCUGUGUCCAUGGUGUGGGAGCAGCCACCCACUGGCGCUGUGGAGGGGUACAUCAUCAAUGUCACCACUGCUCAGAGUGUGAAGAGCCGCUAUGUGCCCAAUGGGAAGCUUGUGUCCUACACGGUGCGGGACCUGCUCCCUGGGCAGCGGUACCGGCUGUCGGUGACAGCUGUGCAGAACACGGAGCAAGGCCAAGUGCACAGCGAGCCCAUCCACCUCUACAUCACCACCUUGCAGAGGGAUGGGGCUCCGGAGAGACGGUGGAGCCAAGCUGGACACCCCCGGGUCCUGCGCAACAGGCUGCCCCCAGCUUUCCUGCCCGAACUCCGCUUGCUAGCGGAUCACGACACAGCUGAGGAGCCCUCACCAGCCCCCAGGUUCACUGAGCUGGUGGAUGGCAGAGGGAGGAUCAGUGCCAGGUUCGGCACCACACUGGGCAAAUCCAUCACUGUGAAGACACAGCCGGAAGCUCCAGUGAAGCUGGAAAACGUGGAGGUGUCCAGCCAGGGUAGCCUGGCAAUGCAGCUGCGCGAGGCAAAGAGCAAGAGUGAGGGGCAGAACUGCUCCACGAACCCCUGCAGGAACGGAGGCACCUGCACCAGGGACACCAAGUCUUACCACUGCGACUGCCGCCCGGGAUUCAAGGGCCGUCUCUGCGAGCUGGGUACAGGAGAGUCUACAAGGUACACCAAGAUGUCUGCUACAAGGAGAGCUGCGAGAGCACCGGUGCCAAGAAGACAACCAGCAGAAAACCAAGCAACAGUCACACACUGAAGAAGCCAUAGAGGUUCAAAGCAGUAGAAGCUUCGUCUUUCCACAUCUAAGGGCUUUUGAAACACCAGGAAGACCAGAUCUGCUCACUGGGUUGAACACAGCGCGGGAACCUUCCUGCCUGGCGUCAGCCUCUCCUUCUCCUCCAGCCUGUUAGGGACACGCAGCUGGAUCGGCAUGCCGAGCAGCGCUCCCUUCCCUCUGCCAGACCAGCACUGCCUUCACUCUGGCUUGCCUUACUCUGGCCGCCUCUUUGCCCCUGAGGAGCUGAGCGGCAGCGUACCGCGGUGGCUGGCUGCCCCCCAAGGGGACCAGCCCCGCUCGGCCCUCCCAGCCGUUCUGCAUGAGUCAUGGGCUCCCAGCUCUGCUCCAGCAUUGGCGGAGCUGAGCCUAGCUCCCAGCCAACAGCAUCUGCACCGACCUGUUUUCGUAACCCAAGGUUAUGUUACCAGUAACCCCCAAAUAAAACAGUUUAAUGCAGACCAAAAAAAGCCUUAGCCAUCACCUGAAAUGUGGCCCAUGAAAAUCUGGUUGGAGGAGACCUUCCCCAUAUAGACGAGUUAGAAAUGGGGAGCAGCUCCCCCAGGCAGCGAGGCGAGAACCACCAGUGGAGGCACGUCCCUGACUCCUCUGCUGUAGUGGGGGAAACUGAGGCAGCUUCUACUGCCUGCCUUUUUUCUUUGCUUUGUAAACAAUCCCUGAUUUUAACCAAAUUUUGAGCUCAGAAAGCAACAGAGCACCCGGAAAGAAUUUUAAAAGUGAUCUGUAGGGUGUUCUGAAGCCAAUAGCCUCCGAGCCAGAGCAGGGCACAGCAUGAGCUCGGUGACGAAGGGAACUCCACCUGCCAUCCCCCUGAGCUGCUCGCAGUGUUUGUGUUCCCCCAGUGCUUCAGUGCCAGCGCUGUGUUGUUUGCGGAGAGGACCAGCGCGCAGUAGCUGCCCCACCAUCUGUGGCAGGGCGGGCCAGGAAAAAGUGUAGUUUAGUGCCUAGUUUUUCUGAGUUUGUAUGACAACACUAGUUAAACAUAGAUUUGUGUAUUAAAGUACACAGUGUAUAUUAUAAAUUAAUACAUACCAGAGAUAUAUCAUAGUUAUGGUAUAGAG